UCAAGUUCAAGGAAAACAUAUUUUCACUAUCUACACAAAACUUGCAUAAAAUAGUAAUUUGUAUCGCUCUUGUUAUAAAAAUAAAUAAGACCAAAAGUAUUAUAAUGGCUAAGCAUUUUUCAUGUAUAUUUGCUCUUAUAUUCGUCUUCCUACUCAUACAAGAAAAUAUGACGGGUAUGGUUAAGGCAGAUGCUAUAUGUCAAAAAGGACUAGGAGAAUGUAAGAAUGAUUGUGAUGCAAGGUGCACACAACUGUACGGACCAGGUACCGGAAAGUGUGAUUACACCCUGAAGCCACCGCUUUGCACGUGCUAUUACAAGUGCGGUCCUCCCUCUGGGCCACCGUUGCCGCCGGUGGCGAAAUGCCAUGAAAAUGAUGGUGAAUGCAGCCUACAGAGUUGUAAUGAUGAUUGUUGCACGACUAGGUGCAAGGCCAAGCUCCCCGGAAAAUUAGAGGUGGUUGGUUCAUGUCAACAGAUCAUAGGGACUCCACAAAGACUUUGUUUAUGCGAUUUUGAUUGUUAAUUUUUACUUUAAUAUUACACAAAUUGAAAGGAUU